AUGGUGAAGAACUCUAGAGAAGAACAUGUCACCAGAGGAGUUCUCAAAGAUCCAACAGCAGCUGCGCAAAGUCAGCAUAGAGGAGAUGGUUCAUGGAACAGUAAACCAGUAACAGUAGUGAGGACUCCAGACUUAUCCAGUUUAUCUGUGGAAAGUCUGAGAAAAGAGAUCCAGAAAUGUGUGGAGUUCUGUUCUCCUGGACCAAAUGUUCUGCUGCUGUUGGUGAAGCCUUCAGAAUUUACUGAAGAGGACAGAAAAACACUGAAGUUCAUCCUGAGUUUGUUUCUACCAGAUGCCUUCAAACAUUCAAUGGUUAUCCUGACACAUGAUGAGAAUCCUGAUGAUAAAGCAGUGGAAAGACUGAUCAAUGACUGCAAGCAAAGGAAAGUCAGAGUCAAUCUUGAAAGAAAUGAAAUCUCAUCAGAUGACCGGAAGAACAUGACAGAAGAAAUAGAAAAGCUUGUUUGUGACAAUAGGGGAGAAUAUCUAACGCUGAGUUAUGAGGAUGAUUUCAUGCCUUUGUUGAACAGACCCACACCUUCAUUGAACCUGGUUCUUUUUGGUAGAAGAGGAGCAGGCAAGACUUCAGUUGUUGAUGCCAUCUUAGGAAAAGAAAGAUUUGGACCAAAGGCCAGCUCCUCAGAGUGUGUUAGAAACCAGGGAGAGAUUCAUGGACGUUGGGUUUCUGUGGUGGAGCUGCCUGCCUUGUGUGGAAAAGCUAAGCAGGAAGUGAUGGAGGAAUCGUUCAGGUGUAUCUCCCUCUGUGAACCUGAGGGUGUCCACGCCUUCAUCCUGGUCCUACCUGUGGGUCCCCUCACUGAUGAAGACAAAGGAGAGUUACAGGCCAUCCAGGACACAUUCAGCUCUAGAGUCAAUGAUUUCACCAUCAUCCUGUUCACUACGGAGUCAGAUCCUACAGCGCCAGCUGUGAUUAACUUUAUUAAUGAGAGCAAGGACAUCCAGGAGCUUUUGUGCUUUGGAAGAAGAUAUUUUGUUCUUAAUAUCAACAACAGAAGGAAGAACCCAGAAUUGGUAGAGAUGGUAGAAAGAGAGAUAAUCAUCAAGAAGAGCCCAAACUUUUACACAUCAAAGUCAUUUUUGAGCAGCCAAAUAGAGAAAAUUUUCAAACAAGAUGAAAGCAUCACCAGACUACAGACUGAAAUGAAGAAACUCAAAAAGCAUGAGGGUCCUGAAAUGGAUCAGAGCUCUGCGUGUCUGAGGAUUGUUCUAAUCGGUAAAACUGGUUCUGGAAAAAGCUCUUCUGCAAACACAAUUCUGGGACGUAAAGUCUUUAAAGCUAAAGCAGACUUCAAAUCAGUCACAAAGCUUUGUCAGAAAGAGCAGCGUGUGGUGGACGGCCGUCCUGUUGCUGUGGUCGAUACUCCUGGUCUGUUUGAUGACAGUUUGUCCCAUGAAGAAGUUUAUGAUGAGAUGUUGAAAUGUAUGAGUCUUUUGGCUCCAGGUCCACAUGUCUUCCUGCUGGUUUUACAGAUCGGUAGAAUUACACCAGAGGAGAAGGAGACAUUGGAGUUAAUAAAGAAAGGAUUUGGGAAAGGUGCAGAAAAAUUCACCAUCAUUCUUUUCACACAUGGAGAUAAACUGGAACAUGAGGAGCAGACAAUUGAAGAUUGUAUUGGAGAAAAUGAUUACUUGAAGAAGCUGAUCUCUGAUUGUGGAGGAAGAUGCCAUGUAUUUAGCAACUAUGAUAAAAAUAAUCAAAAACAAGUCAGUGAGCUGAUCAGGAAGAUUGACACGAUGGUGAAAGAAAAUAACAACAGAUUCUACACCAAUGAGAUGCUGCAGGAGGCUGAAGCUGCCAUUCUGAAAAAAACAGAGAAAAUCCUGAAGGAGAAGGAAGAAGAGAUGAGGAGAGAGAAGGAGGAACUUAAGAGGAAAUAUGAUGAAGAAAUGCAGGAAAUGAAAAGAACAAUGGAAGAACAGAAAGAAAAACUAAAACAGGAAGCAGAACAAAAACUAAAGCAAAUGAAAGAAAAUAUAGAUAAAGAGCAAAAACAGAGAGAAAAGGAGCAGGAAGAGAGAGAAAAUGAAAAGAGAAAAAGAGAAACUGAAGAAAUAAAUCACAGAGAGAGUUUAAUUAAGCAGCUUGAAAUUUUGGACAAAAAAAUUCAGGCAGAAAAAGAGGAAAAGAAGACUGUCAGCAGAGAGCUGGAAAAUAUGAGAAAAGAGAAACAAAAAGUUAAAGAAGCU